GAGUAGACGCCUGGGUUUGUCACUCAGGUCUGAUCUGAUGAUGUGCAUGUGUGUGUGUGUGUGUGUAUUCAUGUAUUUUGAAUGCGUAAUGAUUUUUCUCUAAACCGUCCUUUUCGCUCUGUGUUGUGGAGGAGAGGGUCGAUCAUGUCCUGAAGGGCAAAAAAAACCCCGACAUUCAUCAGGCUGUAUCCAGACAUCUCGGGGGGGAAAUUAAAAAAUGGACAUUCUCGCGCUGAUGCUCGCUCUUCAUCACUGCGCACAGGAGCGCGCGCGGCGGCGGCGGAGUGUCCGCGUGCUCGGCGCCGCUUCCCCGAUGGAGCUCCGGCGGAGUCACCGGGCAUGAAGCAGCAACAUGGACGUGCAGGCUUGGGAUUCUCUCAGCGCCGGGAACCUGACGGGGACGAGCAUCGCGCCGAGCAUCGCCCCGAGCAUGGUGAACUCCAGCGCGGCGGGAAGCGCGUGGGGAGACGCGGAGCGGCCGGAGGAGAGAGCGUACCGGGAGUUCGCCAUCUCCGCUCAGAUCCUCAUCCUCGCCGGCUCUCUGUUAGGCAACGCCGCCGUGCUGUGGUGCGCCUGCUGCACCAACGUCUUCAAGACAGUCACCGGGCGCUUCAUUAAGAACCUGGCCUGCUCGGGAAUCUGCGCCAGCCUGGUGUGCGUGCCGUUCGACGUGCUCCUGAACGCCAGCCCGCGCUGCUGCCUCUGGAUCCACACGCCAAUGCUCUGUCGGACCAUCAAGUUUCUGCACAGGCUCUUCUGUUCGGUCACCGUGCUCAGCUUCGCGGCCAUCGCUCUGGACAGGUACUACUCUGUGCUGUAUCCACUAGAGAGGAAAAUAUCAGAUGCCAAAUCCAGAGACUUGAUCAUAUACGUCUGGGUUCAUGCUCUCAUCGCUAGCAUCCCUGUGUUCGCCAUCAGUAACGUCACUGAUGUCUACGCCACCUCCACCUGCUCUGAAGGCUACUCUCUAGGUCAGCUGGUUUACAUGGUGCUCUACAACAUGACCACUGUGAUCCUACCCCUGGUGGCCGUGUUUGUAGCCAUGGCACUGAUCCGGCGGGCGCUGAGCACCAGCCAGAAGAAGAAGGUGAUCAUCGCGGCACUGCGGACGCCGCAAAGCAGCGUCUCUAUUCCGUAUGUGUCUCAGCGCGAGGCUGAGCUUCAUGCCACGUUGCUCGCGAUCGUGCUGGUCUUUGUGCUCUGUAGUUCGCCGUACAUCGUGUUGUUGGCCUACCGGGCUCUUCCGAUCACCGGACAGCCCUUGCAGUGGCUGCAUCUAACCGCCAUCUGGCUGCCGAAAGUGUCUCUACUUACCAACCCACUGUUUUUAGUGAUGGUGAACCGGUCGGCACGGCGCCGCCUGUUGGACGCACUGGCACACGUUCAGCGCCGCUACAGCCGGAGGAACAACUCGAUUGGCAUUGGAACAGCAUCUGAGCCUGGCGCGCUCGGUGGGGAAGCGCUCGCCCGCUCUGGCAGCCAGCUGCUAGAAAUGUUCAAUAUCGGCCAGCGUCAGAUCUUCAGGCCGAAUGAAGAAGAAGAUGAAGUGGAGGUGAACGAAAUUGCAGCGGUAGCCAAUUUCCAGCCCAGACCCGAGCAAGCAGCUGCAGCCUCGGUAGGAUUAGCAGGAGAAGGAGGAAAGGAGGAGGGUUUAGCUGUGCCGAAACACUCCCCUGUUCAAUACUGUGCAUAUUCAUCCUCGCAGGUGGCUCCUGCAACACCCACCGACCCCGAAGAUGCCUCGCAGUUCGGGUUCGGCCCGUUCGAGCUGCCUCCUCAGUGGCUUCCCGAAGCUAGAAACAGCAAGAAAAGACUUCUGCCUCCACUGGGUAACACGCCCGAGGAACUGAUCCAGACCAAACAGUCCAGAGUACGACCCGAGAGGCGCAUCAGCAGGAACAACAAGGUCAGCACCUUCCCCACUGUGGACCCCUGAGACCCUCAUCGAGCACCGUGAACAAAUCCAUACAAAAUUUUAAGUAAUAAAGAAAACUCUUAUAUUUUUUUCUUUUUUUUUUUUUUAACAAAAUGCCAUUGUUUACCAGCAGGAGAGAAAUCUUUUCAUUGUGUUGUACGUAGCUAGAUGUUAGCUAAUCUCAGGCUCCGGAAAACGGUUAACGGAAAGAGUUUUACAGAAUUGAGAGAAUUGUAUGAAAUGAAACAAACUGGAUUUAGAAAUAAAAUUACAUACAAAAAGGUUAUACUGAAUAAAAGACAAAAGUUGGAAUGUGUAAAGUUAGAGUACGCAAUUGCUAAUUCGAAACAUGUUUUUGUAAUAUUUAGCAUCUCGCAGUUUUCAAUAAAAGAUCUACGCAGAGAUGAAA